UCCUCUCGUGAGUGAAGGGAGAGAGUGAGAGAGUAUGGAGCUCAUUGUGGGUGAGUCGGACUGAGAGAACGGCGGAACGCGGCAGGAGGAGAAAAGCUCCGUGUUUAACACUGACAUACAGCAAAGAGAAGACAGGCGCUGGAAACCUCCACGACGAGAAGAUCAAGCGUUUGAAAGAAUUCAGCGCUCCUAACUUUGAAGGACCUCGGUGAGUGCGCGUCAUUGCACCCCCGGUUACCCCUCACAUCUCCCCGACUCUGAAGAUGCGACCGCUGCUGCUGAUCGCUGGGCUGCUCGGCUUCGGAAGCUGUGUUGUGUUCAUCCAGCAGCCCCAUGACCUGGUGGUCGUGGCCGGGCAGCCCGUUACUCUGCCGUGCUCCAUCACAGGAUAUCACGGCAUGGUGCUCUGGGUCAAAGACGGUCUUGCUUUGGGAGUCAACCGAGAUCUGUCAGGUUAUCCACGCUAUGAUGUGAUCGGAGACCACAGCAAAGGGGAAUAUCAUCUAUUGAUCCAAAGGACAGAACUGGCCGAUGACGGAAGCUUUGAGUGUCAGGCAAUCCAAGCUGCCAGUAGAUCACGACCAGCUCGACUUACAGUUCUUGUUCCUCCCGAUGACCCUGUGAUCAUCGGAGCUCCUGUGGUGAGCCUGCGUGCCGGAGACUCGCUGAACCUCACCUGCCACGCGGACAAUGCCAAACCGGCCGCCUCCAUCAUCUGGAUCCGUAACGGGGAGGUGCUAAACGGCGCGGCGUACUCCAAGACGCUGUUGCGAGAUGGGAGAAGAGAAAGCACGGUGAGCAAGCUUCACAUCUCUGCAUCUAACAUAGAGAGCGGACAACACAUCACCUGCCGCGCCUCCAACAAAGCGGCGCCCAACGGCAAGGAGGCCACAGUCACUAUCGACAUUCAGCAUUUCCCACUGGUGAACCUCUCGGUGGAUCCACAGCCUGUUCUGGAAGGCAAUCUGGUCAAGUUUCACUGUGCUGCUAAAGCAAAUCCCCCCGUCACUCAUUACAGAUGGGCAAAGGGCGGCAGUAUUAUCACAGAGGCAACAGGAGACACUUAUGAAGUGCUGGUUGAUCAUUCUUUCUUUACUGAACCUGUUUCCUGUGAGGUCACCAACGCCCUGGGCAGCACCAACAUCAGCCGUAACGUGGACGUUUACUUCGGGCCACGUCUGGCCGCAGAACCUCAGAGCUUACAGGUGGACCGUGGAUCUGAUGCCGUCUUCAGCUGCGCGUGGAUCGGAAACCCUUCGCUCACCAUCGUCUGGAUGAAAAGAGGCCACGGAGUUGUGCUCAGUAAUGACAACACCCUUACGUUGAAGGCAGUGAGACAGGAGGAUGCCGGGAAAUACGUCUGCCGUGCCGUGGUGCCGCGGGUCGGAGUGGGAGAGAAGGAGGUCACCCUGACCGUCAAUGGGCCUCCCACCAUCUCCAGCACACAGACCCAGCAGGCUCUGUACGGAGAGAAGGGCCAGAUCAAGUGCUUCAUCCGCAGCACCCCGCCUCCAGAUCGCAUUGCAUGGUCAUGGAAGGAAACCGUUCUGGAAUCGGGAACAUCAGGACGUUAUACAGUGGAGACUGUGAGCACAGAGGAGGGCGUCAUCUCAACCCUCACCAUGAGCAACAUCGUCCCCGCUGACUUUCAAACCAUCUACAACUGCACAGCCUGGAACAGUUUCGGCUCGGAUACGGAGAUCAUCCGCCUCAAGGAACAAGGGUCUCUGCGCUUGGCCGUCAUCAUCGGGGUUGCAGUGGGAGCUUUCCUGGCUCUGAUCGUCCUCAUUGGGACCCUUGGGGCUUUCUGCUGCGCAAGACUGCAGAGAAAAGACAUGCACCUGGUGAUGUCAUCACUCCCAGUGUCCCUCUCUUCCCGACAGCGAGAGAUCUCUGGCACGUUAAAAAGCGAAACAGAUCUCAAAGGAGUGGUAACGUCCAAGAACGACAUCCGGGUGGAGAUUGUGCAUAAGGACCAUAAUGCAGCGAGAGAACCGGAGGAUCACAGCAACAUGAAGCAAAUGAUGAUGGAAAGAGGAGAAUUUCAACAGGAAUCUGUGCUGAAACAGUUGGAGGUCCUGCAGGAGGAGGAGAGGGAGCUACAGCACAUCAAGGAUCCAACGAAUGGAUACUACAGCGUCAACACCUUUAAGGAACAGCAAACCCCGACCAUAUCUCUGACGGCCAACCAAAACGCAGAGGUUCGAAACCCCGGCACGGCCACCCUCGGAAAGCACCGCGUCCCCACCGGCAUGUCUUACACCAACAUCUACAGCACUUUAGGCGCCGGCCCCAACCGCCUCUACGACUACAGCCAGCGUUUCGUACUGGGCAUGGGCAGCAGCUCCAUCGAGCUGUGCGAGCGAGAGUUUCAGAGAGGAUCUCUCAGCGACUCCAGCUCGUUCCAGGACACGCAGUGCGACAGCAGCGCCAGCAGCUACAGCAAACAGGAUGGAUACGUGCAGUUCGACAAAGCCAGCAAAGCCUCCGUCUCAUCCUCUUCUCAUUACUCACAAUCGUCCUCCCAAAACUCGGACCUGACUCGACCGCUGCAGAAACGAAUGCAGACGCACGUUUAACCGGCAACGACUUUACAAAAGCCGUAAGAGCUUUCGGACGAACGCUUGAGGUGAGUCACAAAUGCUUCACGCGUCAUCUGUGAUUCGUUCUCUGCGUAGACCCGAUUCAAGCUUGGAAUGACGACGGCAACAUCUCGGCCCUAUUUUCUGUAUAUUUCAACAAAACUACGUGUUUUUAGAUAACACAAGUCUCAUGUUCUUUCUGAAAGACUUGAAACUAUUUCGGAUUUCAUAACAUGACAAUCAGGAGUUCAGCCACAUAAUUGCCAUCGACUGUCGCAGCGAACUCUCCGCGAUCCAGCACUUGGCACUCGGAAACGGGACGAACUUGGGCCGUCGCAGAGUUUUUCUGCUUUUGUCCAAAGCACAAUAGUGCCAACUUCAAGUGUUGAUGAAGAGAUCGUAACCUCUGGAGGUCGAUGCUGAAAAUCAUCAUCAUUCUGUGCUUUUCUAUAAACACUGUAAUAUAUAUAUUUCGAUUGUGUGCACUAAACUCUUUCUUCAUCUCUUUCCUUUCGCGGUCUCUCGUCUUUUCAAUUUUGUGCUUUGUUUUUUUUUUACGCAUUACCGGUGUGUUAAAAAAAUGCACACAAAUGCCAAACUGCAUGUGUGGAGAGUUCUUUAAGAGCUUUACCGACAUGGACAACGCAGUGUUUACAUACACGUACCAGAGGCCAGAAUGUAGAUCUGAAAACUUUCUUUCUUGAAAUCUUAUUUAACGCCUUUUAAAUGUGAGCCGAUCAUUUACUCGUUGUUAAUAUAUGAGUUUACGUACAUGCACUUCCUGUGAAUUCACACAUCGUUACGUUGUACCUCUGCCAAUGUGUUGUUGUGUUUUUACACAUCUGUGCUCGAAUCCCACAUUGUAGUGGGGAAUUCGUGUAUUGUUUUCGACGUCGGGUUUAUUUUAAGGCUGCCAUAUGUUGUAAGCUCACUGUUUUAAGUAAGCUUCUGUUACCCGCAGCCCUUCGAAUGUCUGACGUUAACGUUUACACGGUUUAAUCGAUGCGGUGAGCGCCUCCCGCCUGCAGAACGUUCCGGGUGAGACUUUGAUUCGAGCUGUGCAUCAGAGCAAUUACAUUGAUCAAAUAAUCAUGAUUACAAAAUAAGUGUUGAAUAAAACAGUGUGGAAAAGA